UCCGAGGUUGCCCGGCCUCCCCGCGGCCUCGAGCCGGCGCCUGGGGGCUGCCGGACAGCAGCCUUGUUGGAAGGAAUGCGUUUUAUAUAGGUGAAAUUUAAAACAUGCAAAAACAACAACAAAAAAGCCCACAUGAGAGCGCUGGGAGGUGCAGUCAGGAAGACUCCCAGGGCCUGCUGGCCAGCUAGCUGAGCAGAAUGGAUGCGAUCUAGGUUGAGUGAGAAACCCCGGCUCAAAAACCAAGAUGAAGUGCGGCCUCCACAUGCAUGUUCGCGCACAUACACCCCCACACAAACACGUUCUCCACCAAUGUCAGAGGCCUAGCUUCCUGCACACAGAUGUGUGGACGGCCUGUGUCCUGCAGGUGCGGUGGUGAGCAGCUGAGAACAGCUGUGUUGUGAUUUGGCCCCUAGCUACCUGCUUUCACUCUCCGGCCCUGCCCCUUUCAUCCAAUCUCUUGGGACCUUGGACCAUGAUACCUGCCAGGCUUCUCGCUGCAAAAUGUCGCACCAUGUCAGAGGGUGUGGUGCUGUGGACUCUGUGUACACGAGCUGACUUCAAGCCCAGCCAGCUCCUUCCUCUGCAGGCGUUGUCCAGAACACUGUCGGUGGGCUGUGCAGACUGCACCAAGCAUCGGGAGCCCCCAGGAAAGAGGCCACUAUCUGAGAAAAAAAUGAAAAAGCAUUUUGUGGACCGCCGGAGAGUGUUGGUCCGUGGAGGACACGGCGGCUCUGGCAUGAGCUGCUUCCACAGUGAGCCCCGCAAGGAAUUUGGAGGUCCCGACGGAGGGGAUGGCGGCGACGGUGGCCAUGUCAUCCUGAGAGUGGACCAGCAUCUCAAGUCUCUGUCAUCGGUCCUGUCCCAGUAUCAGGGUUUCAGUGGAGAAGAUGGGGCCAGUAAGAACUGCUCUGGACGAGGUGGUACUGCCCUCUACAUCCGGGUCCCUGUGGGCACUUUGGUGAAGGAGGGAAGUGAGAUUGUGGCUGACCUGUCCCAUCCCGGUGACGAGUACAUCGCUGCAUUUGGGGGUGCAGGAGGAAAAGGCAACCGCUUUUUCCUGGCCAAUGAUAACCGUGCCCCUGUGACAUGCACCCCUGGACAACCUGGACAGGAGCGCCUUCUCUACCUGGAACUCAAGACAAUGGCCCAUGCUGGGAUGGUUGGCUUCCCCAAUGCUGGGAAAUCCUCGCUCCUCCGAGCCAUCUCAAAUGCAAAACCUGCCGUGGCUUCCUACCCAUUCACCACCUUGAAUCCCCACGUGGGGAUCGUUCACUAUGCAGGCCACCAGCAGAUAGCAGUUGCAGACAUCCCGGGCAUCAUCCGGGGCGCGCACCAGAACCGGGGCCUGGGGCUCGGCUUCCUCAGGCACAUCGAGCGCUGCCGCUUCCUCCUGUUUGUGGUUGACCUGUCCCAGCCCGAGCCAUGGACUCAGGUCGAGGAUUUAAAGCACGAACUAGAGAAAUAUGAAGAAGGCCUGUCUGAGAGACCCCAUGCCAUCGUUGCAAAUAAGAUCGACCUCCCACAGGCCAGAGCCCAUCUGCCCCAGCUCCAGGCCCACCUAGGGCAGGAGGUCAUUGCCUUGUCGGCGCUGACGGGGGAGAACCUGGAGCAGCUGUUGUGGCAUCUGAAGAAGCUACAUGACGCCUACAUGGAGGUCGAGCUGGGGCAGAGCCACCAGCCUCUCAGGUGGUAGUGACAUGCCCAGAGUGUCACACGGGGUUGGGCGGAUGUUGACUGUAAAAUGGCAGUUUUGAAUGCCUGAGAGAAAAUACUUAUAAAUAUUUGAGAGUG